GAUUCGUUCGGUCGAUAAAAAUUGUCGCUGGCGGUGUGUGUUGUUGGGAAUCGUGCAAAAAGUGUGUUCCGGCACGGCAACAUUCCGCUUCAAUUCCGGCACCCGACCCGACAAUGGACCUAGACAACCUAGAGCAAACAAAUGGCGGAUCAGCGCUUGUGCCGCCACCUCCAAUGCCACCGUCGGAGAUGCUGCUGAGUGGACUACUGCCGGACUCGGGCGAUGGGGACGGUGAGCGGUGGGAGGAAAACGAUGAACAGGACGGUGAUGAGGUGGGAUUGGAAUCACCACCGGAACACCCGCAGCUACUGUUACUGGAGGAUGAUGAACCGUCGGCGCCACUGCUGGCACCACCAUCGGUGCCACCGUCGCUGAUGUCACUCAAGCUGGACCACCCGGAGGAGGGCAUGAAAAAGCCUUCGGAACUCGUGCUACCGAAAGCACUCGAAGACGUACUGGCACUUCAAACGAUCCGAACGCAGGAACUGGGUGGCGAUGAGGAUUCACGUGGAACACACGGCACCGGUGGUGGCGGUGGCACAGUGGCCGGCAGUCAGGCACCCAUGAUGAGCGCGUACCUCGAGGCGGACGGUAUCGAUUCGGAGGACGAUAUGGGCAACGAUCCGCUGAUGGCGGCGAUGGGUGACGAGGGAGCAGAUUACGAUGAUCAGGCUCCGGGUGGGGUAAAAGUGGUGGACAAACAGGACAAGAACCGACGGAAGAAGAAACGGAAGAAGGAGAAUCGAAAAGCACGCCGUGAGCAGAUGGCCAAAGCGCAUGAACAGCGCGUACAGACACCGGCACCGGCACCGGCACCGCCACCACCGAGUGGAGCCGAUCACCUUUCGGCCACUCACGACACAGACCCCGAGGAGGACGGUGAGGCGGAAACAAAAGCAUCGGACGAUGGGGUCGCUGCACCGGAAAGCGAUGGAGAGGAAGUGUCGAAACAGACGAACGGCGGGGACGAACCGAACGGAGAGCACCACUCGGCGGAGGAUCGAAACGGAGAGGAUCACGACGACGACGACGACGGCGGUGGCGAAGGUGCUGACCAAAGGAACACUCCGAACGGUAAGGCCGAUGUCCCCAGAGUGUCCACCCGGAAGAAGAAAGCGAUCACAAAGAAGGCGAAGGUCCCGGCAGCCACGGCGGCCAAAGACAACAGCGGGCCCUCGGUGGACGAUGUGGAGAUCGAGUACGUGCCGGAGAAGCUGACGAUCGCCGAACUGGCCCCGAUGUAUCGGCAGUUUUAUCGUGUGUUUGAGAUCUUCAAACUGGACACCAAAUCACGGGACGCGCUCCGGGCCGGGGCCGACGAGCUGGAGAAGGAGAAGGCGGCCGCGGACAAGAAAGCGGCGGCGGCGAUGGGCGGCGUCGGUGACGGCGACAAGCUGGACGACGAUGACGACGAUCUGGGCGAUCGGGACGAGAAGGACGACAAGGAGAAGAUCUCGAAGCGCAAGCUCAAGAAGCUGACCCGGCUCAGUGUGGCCGAACUGAAGCAGCUCGUGUCGCGCCCGGACGUGGUCGAGAUGCACGACGUGACGGCCCGCGAUCCGAAGCUGCUGGUGCAGCUAAAGAGCCACCGGAACACGGUGCAGGUGCCGCGCCAUUGGUGCUUCAAGCGCAAGUACCUGCAGGGCAAGCGGGGCAUCGAGAAGCCACCGUUCGAUCUGCCGGCCUUCAUCAAGAAGACCGGCAUCAUGGAGAUGCGGGCCUCGCUGCAGGAGAAGGACGAAGCGAAGACGCUGAAGGCGAAGAUGCGCGAACGGGCACGGCCCAAGAUGGGCAAGAUCGACAUCGACUACCAGAAGCUGCACGACGCGUUCUUCAAGUGGCAAACGAAGCCCCGCAUGACGAUCCACGGCGAUCUGUACUACGAGGGCAAGGAGUUUGAGACGCGCCUGAAGGAGAAGAAACCGGGUGACCUGUCGGAGGAACUGCGCAUCGCGCUCGGCAUGCCGAUCGGACCGGCCUGCCACAAGAUCCCACCACCGUGGCUGAUUGCCCAGCAGCGCUACGGGCCACCACCGAGCUACCCGAACCUGAAGAUCCCGGGCCUGAAUGCACCCAUUCCGGAGGGUUGCUCCUUCGGGUAUCACGCCGGUGGCUGGGGUAAGCCACCGGUGGACGAGAGCGGUAAGCCACUGUACGGCGACGUGUUCGGGAUGGCCGGUGACGGUGAGGGCGGUAUGGGCGAGGAGGAGAUCGAUCGGACCGUCUGGGGUGAGCUGGAGUCGGAAUCGGAAGAAUCGUCCGAGGAGGAAGAGGACGAGGGCGAAGAUUUGGCGGCCCAACCGGACGAGAGUGGGUUGGUGACGCCGGCCGAGGGACUCGUGACACCGUCCGGACUGACCAGCGGAGUGCCGGCGGGCAUGGAAACGCCCGACACGAUCGAGCUGCGCAAGAAGAAGAUCGAGAGCGAAAUGGAGGACAACGAGACGCCGGUUCUGUACCACGUGUUGCCGGAGAAGCGCAACGAGCGCAUCGGCGGUGCGAUGAUGGCCUCGACCCACGUGUACGACAUCGGAGCGGCCGGUGGUGGUGGUGGUCCCGGUGGACCACCGGGUGUACCACCGCCAGGGGCCCGUCGCGGUGGCGGCGGCGGCGGUGUCGAUCGGGAAGGUAUGGUCGAACUGGCGCUCGAUCCCUCCGAGCUGGACAUGGACAACGAGGCGAUGGCGCAGCGCUACGAGCAGCAGAUGCGCGAACAGCAAAGCCACCUGCAGAAGGAGGACCUUUCGGAUAUGCUGGCCGAGCAUGUGGCUCGGCAAAAGUCCAAACGAAAACGGCAGCAAACGGACACGACCAGCAAGCAGUCGAAAAAGUACAAGGAGUUCAAGUUCUAAG